UGGUAACUCUAGAUUAAAGGAACAUUUGUCAUGGCGGCCACAACUACAGCACGAAGCUUGGAUGAUUGAGUAAUUUUGGAUUAAAACGUACAUUUGUAGAAGAAAAGUUUCGUUUUUGAAAAUGUAAUAUGGAGUCAUUUUUAUCAUUAUUCGACCCAGAGGAUGAUAAAAAUAUUAUAAGAAGCACUUGGGAUGACUCAGAAACUAAAGAAAAUGAUGUAUCGGAUUGUGAAAAUUACAGUGCUGAUGAAGGUCAAGAAGAAAAGUUACCACCAGAACCAGAGCAAGGCAAUGUUGAAUAUAAAUUGAAAUUAAUAAAUCCAUCUAAUCAACGAUUCGAACAUCUUGUUACACAAAUGAAAUGGAGGCUGAGAGAAGGUCAUGGGGAAGCAAUCUAUCAAAUUGGCGUUGAAGAUAAUGGAAGAUUGACGGGCUUGUCAAAAGAAGAACUAAAGGCAUCUCUUAAAACUUUAAAAGAAAUGGCCUCUAGACUGGGUGCGACAACUUGUGUACUUCGUGAAAGAGUUGCUAUUUCUAAAUAUAAAAAUGUUAAAGAAAAACAAUGCGACGGUGAGAGAAGAGUAGCUGAAGUUCUAGUGAAGAAGUUACGAAAAGAUGAUAGAGAGGAUCAAGCGAGUGUUGUUGACUUGAGAUUGGCAGUAAUAGGUGCUCAGGAUGCUGGAAAGUCAACUCUCUUAGGGGUAUUAACGCAAGGUGAAUUAGAUAAUGGUAGAGGGAGAGCAAGAUUAAAUAUGUUACGGCAUCUUCAUGAAAUAAAAACAGGACGCACAUCGUCGAUUUCGCACGAAAUUAUCGGAUUUGAUAACGAAGGACAUGUCUUAAAUUACGCUGAAAUGACAACAGCUGAAGAAAUUUGCGAACAUGCUUCGAAAGUUGUUACCUUUAUAGACUUGGCUGGAUAUCGCAAAUAUUUAAGAACAACAGUUUCGGGAUUAACAGGAUAUUCUCCUCAUUAUGUCAUAUUGGUGAUUGCACCACCAAUGAACGAAGCGUCACAAGAACAUAUGGCUCUUUGCUUGACAUUAAGACUUCCAUUUUUCAUUGUUUUAAAUAAAAAUGACCUUGGGUUUUGUGAUACUCAUGAUACCUUAGUUCAACUAGAAAAUGCAAUACAAGCACAUGGUUACUCUAAACAAUUAUUAUUAUAUAAUAUUAAUAACGAUAUAUCACAGUAUUAUGAAACAGAUAUUAUACCAGUAUUUACAGUUAGUUGUGUUACUGGAAAAGGAUUAGGAGAAUUAACAUCAUUUAUUAGAAACUUACCACCAUCUGAAACAAAUCCUACGGAUUCAGAUCCAGAGUCGUGUUUAUUCCAAAUUGAUGAAACAUUUAGAGUUGCUGGUUUAACUCAACCUGUUUUGGGUGGCUUACUUGUAAAAGGUGCAAUUGCACCCGGAACACGAUUAUUAGUAGGACCUUUACCUGAUGGUAAAUUUAGUCCUGUAAAAGUUGCUAGUAUACAUCGUAAUAAAGCUCCUUGUUGUUUGGUACGAGCAUCACAAAGUGCCAGUUUAACUUUGGCACCAUCAACAAACCACAGUCCACCUCUACCACAUUUUCGACCAGGCAUGGUUUUAGUCUCUGUGCGAGAUAAGCCACAUGCAACUUUAUUUUUUCAAGCUACUGUAUUAAUUGUUUACCAUGCUACUGCAAUUUUUUCUGGUUUUCAAACUACUGUUCACGUAGGUAACGUAAGGCAAACCUGUAUAAUUGAAGGUAUAAUGGAUAUGAAAGACAGAGGUUUACAGACAAAUGACACAGCGUCUAUAUUAUUUAGGUUUGUUAGUCAUCCAGAAUACCUUCAUGUUGGAAUGCGACUUCUAUUAAGAGAGGGUCGUACCAAAGGAAUUGGUAAAAUCACACAAACUUUUCCUUUAAUUGGUUCCCAACAUACUAUACAAUAAUUGAAAUUAGAUAACUAUGUAAAAUAAAAUACUUAUAUAACAUAAUUAAUUAGAUAACACGUGUGCGUGUUUAUUGUGUGUGUACAGUAUAUUGUUUUAAAGAGAAAUACGUUAAAAAAACAAAAGAAAAGAACGAAAAUAUUAAGUCCUUUUAAAUGAAAGUUGUAUAGUUUUAGAAAAAAAUUAAAUAGAUACAUAUCUUCAUGUUGGUAGAUUUCAAAAAUAUCAAAUUUUUAUUAUUUUACUAUUUUCUAAUAAGAGAAUAAAUUCGAAGAGACCAUUUUGCUUAAUAAUAUAAUUUUAUUUGAAUCAUAACAUAUAUACAGAAAACAAAAAAUUUAUUUCAUUGAAAAUAUGUUGAUUUCUUUUAUGAUAGAAUUUAUAAAAAAAAAACAUAGCAGACUUGAAAUGAAUAUGGUGUUACCAAGAUAAAUAAUAAAUAAAAAAAUAUAAAUAUUACGUUUUACUAAAUAACACUGUAGUAUAUAACAGAAUCUAUUUAGAAUUUCAAUGUAGUAUAGAAUAUGCUUACAAACAGUUUAAAGAAGAAUGUUACCAUAUAUUUUUCGUAUGUGUAAAAAAUAAUAUGUAAUAUUAUAAACACUACCUUUUCUCUGA